UUACACAAAUACACCAAAUUCAAGUGUCCUUGCGAUAAGACGUUCUAUGAAAUCACUUGUCAAAAUGAUAAAAUUCCGUCAACUUAGUUAACAUGUCGCAAUUCUACUACAACUGUUUUAUUUUUGUGAAAUUCUUGCUCUUAGUGCCAAUAUAACCUCAAAAAUGGUGAACUGGUACGCUGUAGGUUUAGCAGCCGCUUUAGUCUACAUUGUGCCCAAACGCUACUUUAUACAAAAAGUAUUAAAUUACUACAGGUUUAGAUCGUUAAAUAUGCCCCCUAAAACCAUAAUAGUGCUUCUGGACGACAUCGGCCUGAAUUACGAAAAAGCCCGACUUUACGCCAAAAAAAGCGCCCGUAUAAUAAUCGGUGGCCAAAAUCGCAUCAAGAUCGAAACCGCCCGCAAAGAACUAAUCCGUCUGACGAAAAAUAAAAACGUCAUUUCAAUUCAAGUGAAUCGCUUUGAUAAGAACUCGCUGAAGACGUUCGCACAAGAAGUGAUGGAUUCGGAGGUGGCAGUGGACGCUAUUAUUAACAACACGGGGAAAGAGUUAUCAGACUUGGACAUUAUUUUUAAAACGCAAGACUUAGCUAGGGAACGUUUUGAGAACCACUGCUUGAAUUUUUUGUAUGUGGGGUUACCUGAUGACUUAUAGAAGGGUGCUAAGUACUUUAGAAACUUCAAAACGUUGCUUAAGAGUUUGGCGUCUUCCUCGCUGGAUGGAAGGAUUUUUAAAAAACGGGAAAAAGUGGCUUCCCAUGGAUGCUCAAAAAAGGUAUCGCGUUUGGGUACUGCUGUACAUAAUUGGACAUACCUGAAAUGUGAUUUUUAUAUUAUAGUAACAAAUAAAAACCGACUUACGUUGUUA